AUGGAUAAUAGUGAUGAAAUCAAGUUGGUCAGUGACAAUCCGCAGGGUCAGUCAGUUGAGCAAGAGUCGGAGGAAAUAAGAAAAUUGAGACAACAAUUGUCAGAUGUAUAUCAAGCUUGGGUUUCCGUUCGACCUCCACCCCAGGGUCCUUCAGAGGGAACUUCCACCGUACCCCAAGCUACUCAAACACCGCUCCAUGCAACAAGCGAUCCCAUUCUACCACUAGGGUAUGUGCCAAACUACAGCCUCCAUGCUGCCCCCGGUACCUCUAAUAUGCGACCUCCAGUCGCACAGAACAUGAUGUACGCGAUGGGUAGACCUUUUGCAGAAGCAAUCAAAAUAGGGGAGAUGGUCGAAAAUGGCCUCAAGACUGGCAGAAUUGUAAGUCAAGCUGCUCUCAAAGCCACCACCCAAGCUAUCCAAAAUGGGUCGGGAGGUUUGGCAAACAGAAAGAAGAGAGAUGAAGGGUCCAUGAUGGCUUCGGGAUCUAGGGAGUUUCAAAGAGGGGCAUCGCACCCUUAUGUGCAAGUUCAGCAGGGGCAAUCCAGCUACCCUCAACAUUAUUAUCCCCCGCCGAUUCCUCAAUACUCUGUGGGCCCACCACAAUAUACAGUGUUCAAUGCUCAAUCAUAUGCUCGACCUCCCUAUCAGCAGGAUUAUGGUCGAGAGCAGAGGCCGGUAGAAAAAUUCACUCCAUUGGCUGAAUCAUAUUCUAGUCUAUUCCAGAAGCUAAAGCAAAUGGACGUAAUUGGACCCAUCGCUCCCCACCAUAUGCAUACCGAUUCGCAUGGAUUUCAAGCAAAUGCUAGAUGUAAAUAUCAUUUCGGUGCCCCAGGGCAUAGCACUGAUGACUGUUGGACUCUGAAAAGAGCCAUAGAGAAACUCAUUUCCGAAAAACUGAUUGUAGUGACGAAUGGCGAGGACCUUACUAACGUGACAAAUAAUCCGUUGACAGCACACAAUGAUGUUCAUUUUGUUGAAAUGAUUGGCCGAGACCAAGAAUACAAGCCGGUCGGUCGAGCAGAAAUGACAGUGGGUGCAAUUCAAGAAGGAGCAGGUAUGGAAGUAAGUCCCAGCCGAGAUGUGCCAUUGAUUGUGAAAGGCGCCCAGAACUCAAAUAAGGCAACUUUAUUUGUUCCAAAGAUCUCGAGGUUGGAAGUUCACUCUAGUGUUCCAAGCCCAAGGUUAUAUGUACUUGGAAGCCAUCCCGUCAAAAGGGAGAAGCAGGGAGGUACGAAAGGUAUAACAGAGCCGAUCGUAAUCAAACCUUCCAUGCAACUCCCUGUAACCAACACAAAAACCACUCUUUGGAACUACAACAAAAUGGUGAUGACCUACAAAGGCAAGGAAAUCAUAGAGGAAGUGGGGGAAACUGGAGGUUUUACUCGAUCAGGGAGAUGUUACUCUCCAGAAGAGUUGAGGAAGGCCAAGAAAAUUAGAGAAGGCCAUUUGCCAAUAAAGAAGCCAGUCACUGAAGCAGAUGCGGAAGAGUUUUUGAAAAAGAUGAAAGUUCAGGAUUACUCAAUCAUUGAUCAACUAAGAAAGACUCCCGCUCAAAUCUCUCUACUAUCUCUUCUCCUACAUUCCAAAGAGCAUGCCCGUGUACUAAUCAAGGUCCUGAACGAGGCACAUAUCUCAGAGGAGACCAUAGUGAAUCAGUUAGAGAAGAUGGCCAACAGAUUUUUUGAGGUGAACAGAAUCUCCUUUACUGAUGAUAAACUUCCCGAGGAGGGAGCCGGGCACAAUAGGGCUUUGAACUUGAUGGUCAAAUGUGAGGGUCAUUAUGUAAAGCGAGUCAUGGUCGAUGGAGGCUCAAGUGUAGAUGUAUGCCCUCUCUCUACCUUGCAAAGCAUGAAGAUCGAUACAGACAGAAUUCGACCCAGCAAUGUUCGCAUCCGGGCUUUUGAUGGCUCAGCAAGAGAUACCAUUGGGGAGAUCAACCUCACCAUGACGAUUGGGACAGUUGACUUUGAGAUUGUCUUCCAAGUAGUGGACAUGGCCACUUCUUAUAACUUUCUUCUUGGAAGGCCAUGGAUCCAUACAGCCCGAGCUGUGCCAUCCACCUUGCAUCACAUGCUCANCAACACAUCACUACUUCACAAGAUCUAA